UCCGAUCCCGGAAACAGCGAGGUGAAGGCUGGGUAAGCGGUGCCGGUCGCGCCUGCGCACUGUGGCUCUGGGUACGGGAAGAUGGUGCUUAUCAAGGAAUUCCGAGUGGUUUUACCAUGCUCAGUGCAGGAGUAUCAAGUUGGGCAACUUUACUCUGUGGCAGAAGCUAGUAAAAAUGAAACAGGAGGUGGUGAAGGAAUUCAAGUCUUAAAGAAUGAGCCUUAUGAAAAGGAUAGUGAAAAGGGACAGUAUACUCACAAAAUCUAUCACUUAAAGAGUAAAGUUCCUGGGUUUGUAAGGAUGAUUGCUCCAGAAGGCUCCUUGGUAUUCCAUGAAAAGGCUUGGAAUGCAUAUCCAUAUUGUAGAACAAUUGUAACGAAUGAAUAUAUGAAAGAUGACUUCUUCAUAAAAAUCGAGACUUGGCAUAAACCAGACUUGGGGACAUCAGAAAAUGUGCACGACUUGGAUCCAAACACGUGGAAGAGUGUUGAAGUUGUCCAUAUUGACAUUGCAGACAGAACUCAAGUAGAACCAGCAGACUAUAAAGCUGAUGAGGACCCAGUAUUGUUUCAGUCGGUGAAGACCAAGAGAGGACCUUUGGGUCCUAACUGGAAGAAAGAGCUAGCAGCUGAUGAAGACUGCCCUAAAAUGUGUGCUUACAAGUUGGUGACUAUCAAAUUUAAAUGGUGGGGACUACAGAACAAAGUAGAAAACUUUAUCCAGAAGCAAGAAAAGAGGAUAUUUACCAACUUCCAUCGCCAGCUGUUUUGUUGGAUUGACAAGUGGAUUGAUCUGACUAUGGAAGACAUCAGGAGAAUGGAGGAUGAAACCCAACGAGAGCUGGAAGCGCUACGUAAUCAAGGCCAAGUGAGAGGAACAAGUGCUGCCAAUGAUGAAUGAUGAUGGAUCUGACCUGUCACUUGCAGGGUUGAUACAUAAAUGUGUGUGUGGAUGCAUGAUUAUCUGUAUAUAAUUAUAUAUACAUACACGCAUACUGAGGGCUGUUACAGUUUCUCCAGGGUACUAUACCCAUCUUCAGCAAAGAUACAAAGAAAACUGCUUUCAUUAUAAAUAUCUGAAGCAAAUACAAAUUGACUGAGUAGUGUCAUUUAAAGGAUAAAUUGACUGCAGAAUUAUGCUAACUGGUAUGUUUCCUGAAUGUCAGUACUGGACCAAUUUAUUCUCCUCUUGAAUCACUCUGCUAUAAUAUGUCUAUCUCAUUAUAAGCCAACAAAUUCAGAUAAAGUAAUUUUAAAUUUCGUGUUUUCCCUAUGUGAUUUUGGAAUAGGAACUAUGCAUGUAUUUAUACCUAUUUAUUUCUGGAUUGUCAUCUAAGUCAAAUCAGAAAAAAAAAUUUCUAUUUGUGAGAAUUGGAAGACUUUUGCUGUUGAAUGAGGAAUACAAUAAUGGCCCAACUUUUACUCAUCUUGCUGAAAGAAAUCACCUGUUUUAUUGGAGUUUUGUACAUUGAAAUUCAAAUGUUUUCUUCAUUAAAAAUUGGCAAAAUUAAGGAAAAAGGCUUGUGAUUUAUAACAGUUUGAACUGAACAAUUUUCCAGGAGGCUUUCUGACAGAAUAACUGACAAUACCGGUAUUGUAUACCUUUAAAGUAUCUUUUAGGCUGUGUAGUUUAAUUGAAUUCCCUAGAAUAACAUUUAUUUCUGAAAUUAUUUUUUUUCAAAGUUUUCGUUUGGAAACUAUGCAAAUGGUCUCAAUUUCACACACAUUGCGCAAUGGAAUAUAACAGUGACUUUUAGCUCUUUUCAUGUUGAAAAUUCACUUUUAAAAAAGAUGUUCACUUUCAGAUAUGAUGAAAGUUUAAAUUGUAGCAUCUGAUGCUUCUCUGAUUUAUUAGAAGUAGACAUAAAAGGAAAGAUGGUAUAAUAAAGGCCUUUUUUAGAUAGUUCUCAAAUAGUAAGUUGUCUUCAUGAUUUUUUUAAAGAAAAAUAUUCCAAUUGAAGCAUAUCAUAAGAUUUAUUAUCAAAAUGCUUGUUAAAUCAGGAACAACUUAUUUUAGGACCACUAGUUAGGUAAGGUUUCCUCCCAGAAGCCUCUGUAGGGUGAGGUUUGCUGAAGGAUCUCUGUCUAGUUUUUCAACCUCACACCCACACCAGACGCUUGGGAAUAAUUGCUUAUUUAAUUAACUGAUAGCGAGAGUGAUUCGUCUUCCUUUACAGUCAGUGGCAAAACUUUCAUUGACUUCAAGGGGAGCAGAUCAGGCUUUGAAUAUGACUAGCCCACCUAGCCCAUCACCUGCAAUGACGGUCAGACAAGUGGACAUGGAUUUUUUGUAUGUCUGUACUGUAUUAUUGCCUCACUAUCUUCCCUGCUACAAGGUCAGUCUUUGGUUAGUCCUUUCUCUCCUAGCAAUGAAAAUAGAUGUCUAUUCUCUGUACCAGCAGAAGAUUGGUUUUGUAAAAACUUUUAAACCAUGUUUAUACAACUUGCUACAAGGAGGGUUUUUGCAAAUUUGUGAAACUAAGGGCUCAGUCCUCUUUUCAGUGCAGAAAUGUAACUCCUACUCUCACCAAUGGGAGCCGGAAUACAUUCCAAGGAGGGAAAGGAACCCCUAUCGUUUUCAUGGUUUUUUGGACUAGCUAUGAAAAUUUGAGGAAACUUUGUAGUGAAUGUAAAUGUUUAGUUUACUUUGGCAGUCUCUGAUGUGAACUACAGUAAAACAGUCAAUGAAAUUUAAUUAAAUAAAUUUGAUCAUAAAAUA